CUAAACGUACAGAUAUUGAUACAACAGACGCGAAAUUUAUGACACAUUAUAAACAUCUUAUCUCACAUAAGAUAGGAAUUUUACAAUACAAUACACGGAGAUAUUAUUUUAGUUGUGCCACGCCGGUCCGUCCACACGCGAGCUAUGCAUUUUUCCGCGAUUUACAGUGUCGCGUGUGCACUAGUGUUGGUUUGGUGCGUGGAAAAUAUCACCAGCGGCGAGGUUAAGUGCGACACUUACGUAGACAUCACCGACGGCGUCAAAUCAGGCCCGAAUAUUACUAAAGACGGCUUGAUUUACACGGAAAACGAUUACUUCGUCGAUAAUAACGUUAUUAAAGGAUGCAUUUGUCGCGUUUCUUCUUGCGUGCGAAAGUGUUGUGCCGCAAACGAAUCCAUAGCGUCGAACACCAACUCCACCUGCGUUGACGUCUCGUUGACGCCAAACGCGAGUAGCGACUUGGACAACGUUUUCCCGGACGUAGCUCUGUUUCACAUUAUAUCGGCGCCAGCGAGAGACAUCUGCGUCGAAACUUCCUACAAAAUUCUUCUGGAUUACGAGGAGUCCAGUUUGGUGAUUAAUCACUCGGGAUACCUGCAAUGGGAUGAACUUUUCUAUCCGUACACUGAGUACUGCCUAGCCAACCUCGAACAUCGCCUGGUCGCGUUGAUCUGUGUCGUGCAAGAUGUUUCUAUGAACGCGUUAAUAUAUUGUAUCGGUAUGAUAAUUUCCAUGCCGUUUCUGCUGGCGACUUUCUUAGUCUACGCACUGCUGCCCGACAGAAAUCUGCAUCAGAAGGCGUUGAUGUUCUACGUAUUGACCCUAUUCGUCUCCUAUGUUUUAUUAGUGACCAUUAAUUUGUCGGACUCGUUAGUGGAACCAGGAUGUACACUCAUAGGAUACUUGACUUUGUUUUUCUUCAUGGUAUCGUUUUUCUGGAUGAACGUGAUAUGCUUGGACAUUUGGUUUACGUUCAGCGGCAGCAGAGGCUUCGUAGGUAGCAAGAGAUCAUCGGAAAGAAAAAGGCUUUUGAUUUAUUGCGGCUACGCCUGGGGAGUGCCUUUACUGCUCACGUUCACGGUGCUGCUCAUUCAAACUUACUCAGAUCCCGAAUCUCAAUUCAAUCCCGCAAUCGGAUCCACCAAAUGUUUCUUGGGAGACGGGCUUCCAAAUUUACUGUAUUUCUACGGAGAGACGGCCAUUUUGAUCAUAAUAAAUGUAACCCUGUUUGGACUAACGGCGUACAAAAUCAGGAAAGUUAAGAAAGAAACGUCGAUGCUUAAGCAGAACGACAGCAAGAGGCAUAGCUACGAAAAAGACAAGCAAAAAUUCAACCUUUUCUUAAAAUUGUUGUUCGCCAUGGGAGUGAACUGGAGUAUGGAGAUUAUAUCAUGGGCUGUGAACUGGUCAACUGGUAAUACUUACACCGCCGUUUGGUAUCUCACCGAUUUUUGCAACGCCGCUUACGGUGUCUUCAUUUUCUUCAUAUUCGUUUUCAAAAAGAAGAUAUGGAACCUGCUUCAAAAGCGAUACUUGUCGCAAAAAACAAGCGAGACGGUGGUCACAGGCACCUCGCAGCUUCCAAGUAGCGGUAACGCGUCUUAAGUGACGCGUUACCAGCUAUAUAGAAGGACACCAAUACUACACGUUCAUCGGAAAACCUCAUUUGGCACGUACCAUGACAACAACCCAAUCUCAAACCACAAGGACCAGCAACUAUUCCUCGGCCACUUAUUCCACCGCCGACACUCACAUCGCUCCGGAUAGAAACAAUACCA